GUGUGAUUUCCAACAUGUGAUAAGCCUAAAUAGUAAUCGAUGUCUAGGAAAACACACAAGAAGAUAAUUUUAUAAUAUUUAGGUUAUGUAAUUUGUAGAUAAUCAACUCUGUGAUUUUUAGCAUUCAAGAAAACAAAACGGCGAUGUUGCAGCACUCUUGUAACCUGCAACGGCUGUUGUAUACUUCUUCUCCACAUUAUCGACAUGCAUGUCAGUUGUCCAGUUAUGUCGCUCGCCAAAGAUAUGAUCAAGACUCAAAGCGCAAAUUUCCUUGCCACCGACAUUGUAAUCAUGCUGUUCCAUUCAGUCAUAGGAGUGUUGCUGGUUUCAAAAGUACUGUUCACAAUCAAUCUAUACCUGGAUUAUCAGCUCUUAGUGUAGAAUUGAACACUUUAAAGUGUAUACAAAGGGAUAGACAGGUACAGAGUAAAUGUUUCACUGGUGGACGUCAUCUACUUGCCUGGAUUAAGCCAUGUACAAACCAAGCAAAUUUGUCUCCCGUGAAAACCACAAUUAACAGAACAAUGUUUUGUGGAAAUGUUUUAAAUUUUAAACAUACAGGUCUCCUGUGUGGUCAUCAAAGACAGACAUUCCACACCAGCAGCAUAAGUUAUGAUCCCUCACCUAGCAAAGCAGGUAUAACAAAACUGUUGGAAGAUGAAGAAAAAAAGUCCAAAGUAGAGGAGGCCGUGGAAGCUAUGAAAGAAAAGAAAGAAAAGCUGAAGGAGAAAGCUUUUCAAAUGGAAUGUAGCCCUGAAGAAAUUGAGCCAAUAGUUGCUGUUUCUCCAGCGCCAAAGAAGUCUCUAUGGCAGAGGGUUAAGCAAGAGGCUGUACAUUAUUAUCAUGGAUUUAAGCUUUUGUAUUUCGAAGUUAGAAUUGCUGCUCGUAGGUUAUGGCAGGUCAUGAAUGGAAAGGUGUUGUCCAGACGGGAAAGACGUCAGUUUCUUCGCACAGUGGCAGAUAUAUUUCGCUUGGUUCCAUUUUUGGUAUUUGUACUGAUUCCUUUCAUGGAGUUUAUGUUACCAGUUGCUGUUUACCUUUUUCCAAACAUGCUACCCAGUACAUUUGAGGACAAAUCCAAGAAGGAAGAAAACAAAAAGAAACAGCUUAAAGUGAAAAUUCAGAUGGCUAAGUUUUUACAAGACACAGUGGAAGAAAUGGCUGUGACAGCCAAAGAAAAGAAAACACAAGAGGUUGUGGCCGACUUUGCAAACUUCUUUGAAAAGAUCCGUAGCAGAGGACAACAACCUAGCAAUGAAGACAUCUUAAGGUUUUCCAAAUUGUUUGAGGAUCAAAUUACAUUAGACAACAUGAGUCGUGCCCAACUCAAAGCAAUCAACAGGCUGUUGAUGUUGCCAACCAUUGGAACAAACAAUUACUUCAGGUUUCGACUGAGGAUGAAAUUAAGAGAGCUCAGAGCUGAUGAUUUGUUAAUCCAAAGAGAAGGUGUGGAAAGCCUUACUGAACAGGAACUGCAGUCAGCUUCCCAAGCUCGCGGAAUGAGAGCUAUUGGUGUUCCUGCAGCAAGAUUAAGGUCUCAACUUAAACAGUGGGUUGAACUGCACCUGGUUGAGCAAAUUCCAGCAUCUCUUUUGCUGAUGUCCAGAGCAUUGUAUCUCCCAGAAAAUGUCAGUAAGGUCGAUCAGCUCAAAGAAACGUUGUCAAAACUGCCAGAAAACUUGGUAGAAGAGGCUGAAAUUAAAAUAUGCGAAGUUUCUGGUGAGAAAGUUGACAACAAAGUUCGUUUGGACGUUCUGAAGAAUGAGGAGAGAAUGAUUGCUGAGGAAAAUCUAGAACUUAUUAUAGAGGAAGAGGAGAAAAAGAAGAAGAUCGAAAGUGUUGUUUCUGAGAUGUUAGAGGACAAGGCGCCAGAAAUCAAACCGAUGCCUGAAGAGGAUAUUUCUCAAGACGAUUGGCUGUCUAUCAAAGCAAGUCUUGCUCAGGCCAAUGAACGAGAGGAAUUAGAGAAGAUCAAGGAAGACAGAGAAGAAUAUCAAGAGGUUGCUGAACUGUUGUCCCUGGAAGAUGUGGAUCUUACUCCGGAUCAAAUCAAAGAUAUUAUCGUUUUACUUGAGAAAGAGAACAAGCUGCGAAAAGCAGAGGACGAGGAGCAGUCACAAAAAAUCACAGAGAGAGCUGAUUAACAAAGUUCGCUCCUUUACUAACUCGAUACUCUUGCAAUUUUUAGCUCUUCUAGUUGUUUUGAUUUCUGGCAUUUUUGAAAGCAUAAACGUGGAGGGUCAUACUCAUUUGUACAUUCAAGUAUUCAUUUCAAAGUUGUUCGCUUAUUUGUAUUAGUAAUCUGACCUUGGUCAUACGAUGUAGAAUCAGUAGCAUGUUUGCCAUUGUAUUCAAGGUUCAAAGUAUGAAAUUGUAAAGGUAAACGCUCGACGAAAUACAGGUAUGUACCAAAACCGACAUUGCAACCAGAUGCUGAAUGUAUUGAAAUUUUUUAAUAUGGAAAAAAAGGAUCCAGUUCGGACACGGAGAAGCAUUUUAAUAGACCUAACUCGUAUUAUCGGAGUAAUGACAGUCUGAAAGUGUUUAUACCUAAGAUAUUUGUUUGAUUCCCGGUAUAAAAUAAACCCCAAGUCAUAGACUGUCUAUUGUUUUCAACCAUGAAGUCGUAUUUUCUCGGCUGAAACAGCACACAGUCAAAUGUAAUUUUCUUAAGAUUAGCAAAGAAAGGGUGGUUACGUAGUUGCUGGUGAGGAUUUCCAGAACAGAUUGGUGUUCUUUGUGUCUUGUGUUUCAAUCUGAAGAGAGAUCUUUACACUUGUGAGUCGCUUUUAUAACCCUCUGACUCCCGGAAGUGGUUCACAUGGAACUUCUUCCUUCAAAUAUCCAUACGUAAUCAAUCGAAAAGGUAAUAGGAAUACUCAGACUUAUCAGGUAGAAGUUGUUUCUCUUGAUCUAACACCAAAUUCUUGUAACUUAUUUACAGAGAAAUGUAAAAGAAACUAGAGGGGAGAAUUAACAAUCAGAUCAUGGGAGUUAAAGGGUCAAGGUUAACUCUGAUUUUGGAGAAAUUUGUAAUUUAAGAUUAUUUUGAGGUUUUACCAAAUGACUGUAUAUCAUCAUGUAUCCACUCUAUCUCCGAUUGAGAAAGUCGAGUGGCAAAAACAUUUUAGCGUAAUUAAUGAAAUAGCUAUGAAAGAAUACAAUAAAAAUGAGGAAUUAAGGCCUGAAAA